UCUUUCUCUCUCCAUCCUCCAUCUUAUACCCCUACCCCUUCCUAUCCAUCUCUCUUUCCUCUCGAUUGAAUCGAUUGGAGUGUGUCCCAUAGUCAUUCUAAUUACUGUAUUAUUCUAUUAUUUGUCCUUUCUGCUCUUAAUCCCGUCACAAUGCUGUCAUCCCGUCUCUCACGCGCGCUGCCGCGCACUGCCCCCUUUGCUCGUGCUCCUGCUUUCAGACUUCCCAGCACAGCUGCCCGGAGAUGGAACUCAACAGAGGAGAAGGUGAAGGGCCAGGUCAUCGGUAUUGACUUGGGUACCACCAACUCUGCUGUUGCUGUCAUGGAGGGCAAGACCCCCAAGAUCAUUGAGAACGCUGAAGGUGCCCGCACAACACCCUCCGUUGUCGCUUUCGCCCAGGACGGCGAGCGUCUCGUCGGUAUUGCCGCCAAGCGCCAGGCUGUUGUCAACCCUGAAAACACUCUGUUCGCCACCAAGCGUCUUAUCGGUCGUAAGUUCACCGAUGCUGAGGUCCAGCGUGAUAUCAAGGAGGUCCCCUACAAGAUCGUCCAGCACACCAAUGGUGAUGCCUGGGUUGAGGCUCGCGGAGAGAAGUACUCUCCUGCCCAGAUCGGUGGUUUCGUUCUGGGCAAGAUGAAGGAGACCGCUGAGAACUACCUCAGCAAGCCCGUCAAGAAUGCUGUUGUUACUGUCCCUGCCUACUUCAACGACUCCCAGCGUCAGGCCACCAAGGACGCCGGUCAGAUCGCCGGUCUCAACGUCCUCCGUGUCGUUAACGAACCCACCGCCGCUGCCCUUGCUUACGGUCUUGAGAAGGAGGCUGACCGCGUUGUCGCCGUCUACGAUCUUGGUGGUGGUACCUUCGAUAUCUCCGUUCUCGAAAUUCAGAAGGGUGUUUUCGAGGUUAAGUCCACGAACGGUGACACCCACCUUGGUGGUGAGGACUUCGAUAUCAGCCUUGUGCGCCACAUUGUUCAGCAGUUCAAGAAGGAGUCUGGCCUCGACCUUUCCAACGACCGCAUGGCUAUCCAGCGUAUUCGUGAGGCUGCUGAGAAGGCCAAGAUUGAGCUGUCUUCUUCUCUCCAGACUGAGAUCAACCUUCCUUUCAUCACUGCUGAUGCCAGCGGUGCUAAGCACAUCAACCUCAAGAUGACCCGUGCUCAGCUCGAGUCUCUUGUUGAGCCUCUCAUCAGCCGCACUGUUGACCCCGUGCGCAAGGCCCUUAAGGACGCCAACCUCCAGUCCAGCGAGGUUCAGGACAUCAUCCUCGUCGGUGGUAUGACCCGUAUGCCCAAGGUCACUGAGUCUGUUAAGUCUCUGUUCGGUCGUGAGCCCGCUAAGUCCGUCAACCCCGAUGAGGCUGUUGCCAUUGGUGCUGCGAUCCAGGGUGCUGUCCUUGCCGGUGAGGUUACUGACGUUCUUCUCCUCGACGUCACCCCUCUGUCUCUCGGUAUUGAGACUCUCGGUGGUGUCUUCACUCGUCUGAUCAACCGCAACACUACCAUCCCUACCAAGAAGUCGCAGACCUUCUCUACUGCUGCUGACUUCCAGACUGCCGUCGAGAUCAAGGUCUUCCAGGGUGAGCGUGAGCUUGUCAAGGACAACAAGCUCCUUGGAAACUUCCAGCUUGUUGGCAUUCCUCCUGCCCACCGUGGUGUCCCUCAGAUCGAGGUCACCUUCGACAUUGACGCUGACUCCAUUGUCCACGUCCACGCGAAGGACAAGUCCACCAACAAGGACCAGUCCAUCACCAUUGCCUCUGGCUCCGGUCUCUCCGACGCCGAGAUCCAGUCCAUGGUUGAGGAUGCUGAGAAGUAUGGUGCUCAGGACAAGGAGCGCAAGGCGGCCAUUGAGGCUGCCAACCGUGCCGACAGCGUCCUGAACGACACUGAGAAGGCUCUCAAGGAAUUCGAGGACCGUCUUGACAAGGCUGAGGCUGAGCAGAUCCGUGAGAAGAUCAACACCCUCCGUGAAUUCGUUGCCAAGAACCAGUCUGGUGAAGUCGCUGCUACCGCUGAGGAGCUCAAGCAGAAGACCGAUGAGCUCCAGACUGCCAGCUUGACCCUCUUCGACAAGAUGCACAAGGCCCAGUCUGAGCAGCAGCAGCAGCCCAACCAGGGCGAGACCGGCCAGGGUGAGAACAAGCCCUAAAUGUACCAUCAUGAUUGACAGUCAUGCGCAACUGCAUGGUUUGUCAUUGUAUUUUCUACCAUUUCCCUACUGUUUUUUUUUAGAUAUGAUCUCCUUUUAUUUCCGCAUUUUGUGUAUACAUACUGAUAGGGUUGUUUGAUGUGCCCUCGUCUCGGUGUACGGGUGUUUGAUCGUCUUUACUCUUUUUCCCGCCUGGCUUCAUACCCUUUGAUCGGGCAAGCAUACUGAUUUAUUCGGGGAGCAACCAUUGGAUGGGACAGCGGGUUUGCCUACAAUUUGUAACUUAAUGACAUUACGGCUUUGGGACCACAAAAGCAAGCAUGAUGUGGUGGGCUUGGAGCAUGUGAGAUAAUAGAAUAGGAAAUUCUCCUCUCGAUUUAAC